AGCCACGACCACGGCGACAAAAAUAAAAAUGUCGAUGUUUCUUGGUCGUGUCAUGAAAUGUAAAGCAAAUAAUACUGUAAAAGUAUCUGUGACUAGAAGCUAUCUUCAUCCAUUAGUAUUAAAAUACACUGCAAAAAGGAGAAAGUUUGAAGUUCACGACGAGAAAAGCUGCAAUGUCGGGGACUUGGUCCUGAUCAAAGAGAUGCAGCAAAAGAUUCAAGACAAAGCUUUCCGUGUCAGUGAAAUAAUAGAAAGAGCAGAAACAUACACAGACCCAGAAACUGGUGAAAUUCAUUAUCAACCAUUCAUGUAAAAUUAAAAAUACGGUAGAUCUAUUAAUAAAAUUAAUUACCACGUGGUCGUGGGUGGUAGUUGCCAAUAGCAACCGCUAAACAAUAUGGCGGCUAAUGGAAGCACUGUGCUGGAUCAUGGUGUAGUUUUACGCGCAUUGAGAAGCAAAACCACUACCCUUUCACUGGACAACACUAAAAUAGAUGCUUUGCCUCCAUCUCUGACCAAACUAACUUUUCUAACAAAAUUUUCAGCCAAAAACAAUAGUCUAACUGAUCACGGACUCUCCCCAACUCUAAAAUCACUCACAAAAUUGUGUGCAAUUAACCUUGGAUGCAAUAAGCUCUCUUGUCUCCCAGUCUGUUUCAUGGAGAUGCCAGAAUUACAGAAUAUACAUUUGUUCAGUAAUGAAAUAGAACAACUUGACGAAGACGUUCUUGAAUGCUUAACAGAAGUUAUUGUACUUAAUUUAAAUGGAAAUUUGAUUGAUCAUUUACCACCAGCAAUUGCAAGCUUGAAUAAUUUAACUACACUAGGAAUAGCUAGCAAUCGACUGAAGUUUCUUCCUCAAGAAAUUUCCCACCUGUCAUCUCUCGUUGAGUUGCAUGUCGAGGAUAAUCAAUUGCAACACUUGCCGUCUGGCAUUUCACAGCUUAAGAAACUAACUAGAAUUUAUGCACAAAAGAAUAAACUUCAAUCAUUAAAUCCUCUCAUCAGCUGUUGCACAUCGUUACGAGUCCUGGAUAUUUCUAGCAAUCAGAUACAAUUCUUUCCUCAAGAGCUAGGAGAAAUGAAGUUAAGAGAGUUUCAUUAUGAGCUGAACCCUUUAAUACCUUUCAUUCCUAUUCCUUCAUCAGCAACAGAGGAAGUACUACCUUUAAAGGAAUUAAUAUGCAGGAGAUUAUUCACAAUACUUGAAAAUGAUUCACGUUUAGAGGUAAUAGUACAAUCGCUACCUGAAGUUAGGGACGCACUAGCUCAAGCUGGCAAGUGCUUGGUGUGUGAUGGACCAUUUGUCAACUCCUGGCUGGAAUGUGUUAAGUUUAUACAAGCAAAGAAGAUCAUUUUGCCAUUACGAUCUCCUUCUGGUCUGAUACCAAUUCGUAUAAUGCUAUGUUCAUAUAAAUGUCUCAAUAGUGGCGAUCACGAUUAUUACGGGAUAGCAACACCUCCAUCAACUAAUGACAUAUUUGUAAAGUAAAAAUUUAAUUUGAAUUUUAAAUAUAAUAUAAUUAUAAUGUGAAUAAUGCUUGAUGAAUUCCUGACUAUUUCUCAAUUAAA